GUAGGAGCGGAAUUGUUCUACUUGGAGCCAUCUAUUGAACCAUGAACCAUGAACCAUGAAACGAAAGGCACUGUCAGAUGUGUUUUUAAAAAUGGCUCAAGACGAUGCUGUUGACGAACUUAUGGAGACUGAGAUUUUGCCGUCUACAAGCAGCAACGAUGUAAAAGUGAAAGAAAAAGAUAGUAAAUCAUCCAGUCUACCAUGGAUCGAGAAAUAUCGGCCACAAGUAUUUCCAGACAUUGUUGGUAAUGAAGAUACUGUAUCUAGAUUAGCUGUAUUUGCUCAGCAUGGAAAUACUCCGAACAUUAUUAUUGCUGGCCCACCAGGAGUUGGUAAAACUACCACAAUUUUAUGUCUGGCACGUAUUCUGCUUGGACCAGCAUUUAAGGAAGCUGUGCUUGAAUUGAAUGCAUCUAAUGAAAGAGGAAUAGAUGUAGUUAGAAAUAAAAUCAAAAUGUUUGCCCAAAAGAAGGUGAAUCUCCCAAAAGGAAAACACAAAAUCAUCAUUUUAGAUGAAGCCGAUAGUAUGACGGAUGGUGCACAGCAAGCAUUACGCCGUACAAUGGAGAUUUAUAGUCAUACUACUAGAUUCGCUCUUGCAUGCAAUAAUACAGAGGAAAUUAUAGAACCUAUACAAUCUCGUUGUGCUAUGCUGAGAUAUGGAAAGUUAACAGAUGCUCAAAUUUUGGCUAAAGUUCUUGAAGUGUGUGAGAAAGAAAAUGUUUCUUAUACAGAUGAUGGUAUGGAAGCAAUAGUUUUUACUGCCCAAGGGGAUAUGAGACAAGCUUUAAAUAAUCUACAGUCAACUUACAACGGAUUCAAUCAUGUAAAUGGUGAAAACGUAUUCAAAGUCUGCGACGAGCCUCAUCCUUUAAUCGUUAAAGAAAUGUUGGAUGAUUGUAUAAAGGGAGAUGUUUCUAAAGCAUGCACAGUAAUGGAUCAUUUCUGGAAAAUGGGAUAUUCUGCGGAGGAUAUAAUCAGUAAUGUAUUCAAAGUUUGUAAGAUUCAUGCUAUGGAUGAAAAACUAAAGUUGAUGUUUGUUAAAGAAAUUGGAAUAACACAUAUGGGCAUAGUGGAAGGUAUUAACAGUUUGUUGCAAUUGCACGCCUUGGUAGCACGACUUUGUCGAGCAUGCGUAUCGAAAUAAUUCCUCAUGAUAAAAUACGAUUGUAUUCUACUUUUUAAUAUAUUUAUAUAUUUUUACUGA